AGCUUUGUAUACGAAUUUUUGUAUUACAGAGUUAUAAGGAAUACUGCGAUACAGUCAUGGCCGAGGACGCGCCUCAGAAGUUUAUAAAACCUGGGAGCCACAAGGGCAAGGGCAUCGCCGUAUUCACCAGUGGUGGCGACUCUCAAGGAAUGAAUGCCGCCGUACGAGCGGUCGUGAGGAUGGGGAUCUAUCUCGGCUGCAGGGUGUACUUUAUCAGGGAGGGCUACCAAGGCAUGGUAGACGGCGGAAAAAAUAUCGAGGAAGCUACAUGGUCGUCCGUAUCUUGCAUCAUUCAUAGGGGUGGCACAGUAAUCGGCUCCGCUCGAUGCCAAGAAUUUAGGGAGCGUCCCGGUCGCCGGAAGGCCGCUAAGAACUUGGUUAGCCAAGGGAUAACUAACUUAGUGGUUAUAGGUGGAGACGGUUCUCUUACUGGCGCCAAUCUUUUCAAGGAAGAGUGGCCUACGCUUCUGAAAGAGCUCGUCGAGUCUGGUGAUAUUACUGCCGAGCAGAGCGAGAAGUACAAGCAGUUGCACAUUGCCGGUCUAGUAGGUUCCAUUGAUAAUGAUUUUUGCGGUACGGAUAUGACGAUUGGUACCGAUUCCGCGUUGCACCGUAUCAUUGAGAGUAUCGAUGCUAUAGUUAGUACAGCUUACUCCCACCAAAGAACGUUUAUAAUGGAAGUGAUGGGUCGUCAUUGCGGGUAUCUGGCUAUUGUGGGCGCUUUAGCUGCGGAGGCAGACUAUGUUUUCUUCCCAGAAUGUCCGCCUCCUGUCGACUGGCCUGAAAAAUUAUGUAAAAAGUUGGAGCAGGAAAGACUCACUGGUCAACGGCUUAAUAUUAUUAUCGUGGCCGAGGGAGCUGUCGACAGAAACGGCGAUCCAAUCACCGCUGAAAAGGUGCGCAAAAUCGUCGUAGACAAAUUACAGCAGGAUACAAGAAUCACCGUUUUAGGUCAUGUGCAAAGAGGUGGCAAUCCUUCAGCGUUCGAUAGAGUUUUGGGAUGCCGGAUGGGAGCCGAAGCGGUAAUGGCUUUAAUGGAGGCAACACCCGAAACAGGAGCCUGCGUUGUUACAUUGGACGGUAACCAAGCUGUGAGAUUACCACUUAUGGAAUGUGUUCGUCGUACGAAAGCCGUAGCGCAAUCUAUGGCCGAUAAAAACUGGGAUCUUGCUGUUCAGCUUCGAGGAAAGGGCUUUGCACGUAACUUAGAAACGUACAAGAUGCUGACUCGUUUGAAAGCGCCGGACCUAGAUGAUGCCAAUAGGGAAGUUAGUGGCCGCGCAUUAUCGAAGCAAUACACUUUAUGUGGACAAGAUCAUUACACGCUGGCGGUGAUGCAUAUAGGAUCGCCGUCUUGCGGCAUGAACGCGGCAGUUCGUUCCUUCGUGAGGAAUUGUAUCUAUCGAGGCGAUAAGGUAUACGGUAUCUGCGAUGGAGUGCUGGGCCUAACAGCUGGUAGACUGAAAUUGAUGGACUGGUCGUCCGUCACCGGCUGGGUCGCAGAGGGUGGCGCGAAAUUGGGAACGAAGCGCGCACCGCCCCAGGAGGAUCAGUUGCCCAAAAUCGCUCAUACGCUCAAAGAAUUUGGAAUACAGGCGUUGCUCAUCAUAGGUGGAUUCGAGGGUUAUCAGACCUGUCUCACAUUUUUCAAGGCGAGGGACAAGUACGAAGAGUUCAGAAUUCCUAUCGCUAUGAUCCCCGCGACUAUUAGCAACAAUGUACCAGGCACCGAGUUUUCAUUGGGCUGUGACACAGCUUCGAAUGAAAUAACGGAAAUCUGUGAUCGCAUUCGGCAAUCGGCGCAAGGUACUAAACGUCGCGUGUUCAUUAUCGAGACGAUGGGUGGUUUUUGUGGAUAUUUAGCGACCAUCGCUGGUCUAGCCGGCGGUGCCGAUGCGGCGUAUAUCUACGAGGAGAAAUUCAAUAUCAAAGAUUUGCAUCAAGAUGUGAUCGCGAUGGCAGCGAAGAUGUCGGAAGGUGUCGAGAGGGGUCUUAUUAUCAGAAACGAGGAUGCCAAUGAGAAUUACAAUACAGAGUUUAUGUACAGACUUUUCAGCGAAGAGGGAAAAGGUUUAUUCAGUUGUAGACGGAACAUACUCGGUCACAUGCAACAAGGAGGCUCGCCGACGCCUUUCGACCGUAACUUGGGAACAAAGAUGGGCUCUAAGGCGGUGGAAUGGUUCAGUGAUCAAUUGAGAAAAUGUACCAGCCCCGAUGGCAAAACGAUCACUACAGCAGCGGACAGUGCAGUGAUGCUUGGUAUUAUCAGACGCCAAUACAGAUACACGCCAUUCAUGGAACUUAUCGACGUUACCGACUUUGAACAUCGCAUUCCGACGUAUCAAUGGUGGAUGAAAUUGCGUCCGUUGCUGAAAGUAUUGGCGAAGCACGAGUCGACGUACGAAGAAGAGGGUCUGUACAUAACCGUCGAAGAGAUGGACGAACAGAAGGAUCCGCCUCUCGUAUAAACCGUGAGAUUAAUCUCUUAAAGAGCGCCGCGGUAGAUAACGCAAGAUAGAUAUCGCUAAUUGCGUGGAUAGGCGUGGUAGGCGCCGAUUAUUAUUAAAAGUAUCGCAGUAUUGUAUAAAUUAUAUUACGAUAAUUUUACUUCUGCUCGACAAGAAACGAAUCUUAUAUUUGUUUAUUGAAUUAUGUGUAUCUGAAAAAUUCAACUGUAUAUUAGUGUGGUCAUUAUUUAUUUAAGAUUUGCACGCGAUUUUUCAUUGUAUAUAAUUCAGUCAACCAGCAGAUGUGAUUGAAAAUAUACAGGGGAAGGGACGUUUAUUUUCUUUUCUUUUGGAUUUAUCUUAUUCGUAUCUUGAACGUUUUCGAGCUCAGGUAAGAAAUGGGUACAAAAGCAGUACCUGAAGCGCAAAGGUAUAAAGUAAUAUCUUCAUAAUGUAAUACCUAUCGGUGCAGCUUGCUGAUAAGGCUCCGUUGGCAACGAGACACGGAACACGGUAUUGUUACAGUAUCUUAUAGUAAUGUUAAAUUCACAUUGCGUACAUUGAUGUAUAGUAUUGAAGAUAUAAAUUAGAAUCGGUAUAUGCAAAAUGUGGUGUAGUAAAAUAUACCAAGUUAGAGCGCUAAAGAAAUAACGAGUUAAUGAAUCAUUUUUAAGAAAUACGUAGCAACACAUGACUAAAUUGGAGAUAUGCAAAACCAAUAUUUGAUAUGCUACUCGAAUCUAGUACACACCAUUUUCGCACGUAUAUUUAAUUACUCAGCAACGAAACAAUUCGCGAAACGUUUAUUAACGUCAUUAGCAAAUAGUGAUAUUAUUUGUGCAUUUUUGAUGCUUUGGACAUUACAGGUGCUUUGUAAGUUAAAAACUAACAGCCUCAAAUCUCACUUCGAUAUUCCGUUUGCUUAAUUCUUCAAUAUAACCAAGUUGGAACGCUUAAUUAUACUUCUUUUUUUUUUUUUUAGUUGUAGCACGGAUCGAGAAGUAAAUCAGAUUGAGAGAAAUUACAAGAGUUUCACAGGUUAAACAUUCUGAACCGUAUUUGUGGUCUACUAAGGCAUAGGAUUAAAAAGUAAUGCGGUAUUUUGCGUCGGUGAAAGUGUUUAUCUUUCGGUUUAGCGUUACUCGAAGCUAUAAAAGGCUAUUGGAGAAUAUACCUGUCUACCUCAAAACAUAAUUUUGCAACGGUCAACGACUCGUAGGAAAGAAAUUGACCUGAGUCGGCGCGUUAGUUGCACAUAACAUUAAAAAAAAUUUUUGCUAAAAUUUAAGGCUUGUGACCACAAAAGUAUUUAGAUUUAAUUCUUUUUCUCUUUCUCUAUCUAUCCAUCUCUUUCUCUCUAUCUCUCUCUUUCUCUAUACUCGUAUAUUUAACUUUUGUGAAAGUCGUGCAAGUAUUAAUCUCAUAAUUGUUUUCGGCAUAUAAGAUAGCGUUCGUCGUGUCCUUACGAGAUUUUAGAAACCAGAUAAUUACAUUCUGGUACCCAUCGAAAAUUAUGUCUUGUGCAAACUCUUACUCGUGUUCGUGUGAGUUCAUUUAAGUGUCAGAAUAAAAUUACCGACGCGUGAUUUUAACGGGGAAUAAGACGUGAGAAACCUGUGUGCGAUAAAGCGUGUGCCAUAAUUUUUUCAACGUAGUUAACACGCGCUUAAGAAUUAUGGAGCUCUUACUGAAUUUUAUUCGAAUGCUGAUUAGCACUCGCAUUGCUGUAUUUAAGAUUGGCUUACAAUUAGUAUGUAGCGAUUAAUGCAUGCUGCGAGAACGAAAACUUUGAAAGUACAAUGAUGUGCGCAUACAUUACGAUUUACUCGACUGGAGUUUUAAACGUAAAAAAAAAUAUAUAUAUAUAUAUAUUAUACAUAAAAAUUAUUGGACAAAUCACUUAUUUAAAGUCGUUCUGAAGUAUAUGUCUACUUACUAGUAUACGACAGAUAAAAUAGCUCUUGUUGAAAAGCGACAGAAUAAUAUCGCUUGUUUAAACUAAUGACACUUGUUUAAACGACCACGUAGAAAUCACGUUUAGCUAAAGCGAUUUUUAGCGUGACUCUGGUAUAGCAACCAAAGUGUAUCAGAACGUUUUCGUGUGUUUGGUAAUUUGUGGUAUAGCCGUUUUGGUAGUUGGUUAAUACCAUGCUGUACCAAAUAAUGAAGCAGGAUACCUGUUGGUAUUGUUGUUAAGUUGCAAAUACGCGCCAAAUAUAACACAAAAAUAUGUAAACAAAAUAUAUUUUACAUAUUUAUCUCGUGUAAAAUCGCCUCUAAUGUCGUAUCAAGAGGCUGAACUGUUGAACAAAAUAAAAGUGCGACGAUACGGGAGAUACGAUAAGGCUCUCGCCAAUUAUCUGUGCAUGAAAUCGUAAUUUGUAAUUGUAAUGUGCAUCGGUGUGUAUGCUUAUUAUAUUUCUCGUAUAUUUCGAUAGGCUUUUAUUUCCGGGCAAGUAUACGUAUAUUAUAAAUUGUAAUCAGGAAUAUUAAUUUUUAUAAAAGUUUUUUUAAUUUUAAUGUACAAGUAACUGCAGGAUCGGGACAGAGAGCGUCUGAUUACAGAAUUAACGUUUGAUACGAAUUGGAUAUAUGUCGAGCUUCUGCCGGUACAAAUAAAUCACGUUGAUAUUUAAUAUCUUUCAAUAUAUUCCGUGCAGCCGUUUUGAUUCGCGAGCCAUUGAUUAAUAGUGUAUGUACAUAUAAUUACCGAGCGUCGUAUAUCACACUGACACCGUUCUAGUUAUAUAUACGCAAAAAUGUACAAAUAGUACUUGCAUAAUGUCGACCUGUUAGCGUCCCGUCACUAGCGCAAUAAGAAUAUUGAAAAAAAAAUGAUGUAAAUUAUUUUUAAGAUUUUCAGAGAUAUAUUUUUGACUCAUUGUUGAUCAAUGAAUUUACAUCCUACCCAGCAGAGCACACAUAUGUAUAGUAUUAGAGUUGUCGUAUUUAUUUUUUUUCCGACAUUGAAUUGUCGACGUCGUUGCAUGCUCGACGGUGCGGUAGACGUGAAAUUGUAAUUCGCCGACAAUUCCGGAGCGUCCCGCGAAUUUAUUGCUGCGCGACGAAACGUCUAAAUUUAGGAGAAGCCGCUACACAUAUUACGCACGAUGUUGUAUCCAUGUCGUGAAAUAAACUAUAUCUUCUAAAA